AAUGUUACCAUUGGGUGAAGACAGAGGUGUGAGCCACUCAUGGAGGUGCUCUCUUCUCUCUCUCUAUUGUGGCAAUGGCCGACAACCUCAAUAAGAAGCCCAGAAAGGGCAUACUGAAAAAUUCGUCGAGUUUUGAAGGAAACGAGAGACAAAGAGAGAAAGGGACAAAAUGGGACGAGAUGAAUAUUCUAGCCACCCUGCAUCCCAAAGACAAAGACUAUGGACACAUGAAGAUAGAGGAGCCUAAAACACCAUUUGCGCAUUAUGUGGAUGGUGACUCAGGAGAUGAACAUGAUGGUAUUGAUGCUGAUCUUUUGGCCCAAAAGAUACAGUUGGGAGGCAAUGAGCUUCCCAAAGCAUUAAUUGUACCAGAAGUUGAAGAAGAGAGCGAGGAUGAAGACAUCUCGCCUGAGGAGAGAGAGAAGAGAAAAAAUUUGGAAAUGAAAAGGAAACAACAUACAAAGAUGUUUUAUGCUGUAAAGCUUGCACGAAAGUUUCAUGGCCAAAGUGAUGAUGAGGAUAAUGAUGAGGCGGAGAAUAAAUAAAAAGAUGCGGACGAGACGGAGAGUAAAGAAGUGAAGGACAAUACAAUGGAAGAGAUGGACGAGGAUCGAAAUAACAUUUUUGCAAAGUCGAGGGGAAGACAUGGCUGUAGUGAAGAUGAAGAUCCCGGGACUUGA